AUGGCGAGUGGGCCAUUGAACAUUCUCCUUACUAAGAUGUUGUCUUCGGACAGGCUGAACCUCGCCGCCUUUAUGCGCAAAACUCUCGAUUCUUUAGGAUCCGAGGGAAGCUUCCUGGUAUUCAGUUCCUCAAGCAUUUUUAUGAUCUCGGGGUUGGUCCUGGGUUCAGCUUCGCUCAGCCUUUCUACAAUGAGUUUAUUUCUACGAGUGUUUUCCCGGACGGUUCGGGCUCGACUCUGCUGGGAGCAUGGCUCUGGUUUUGCAGCUAGGCUAUUGCUGCCUGUUGAGCUUGCAACAUUUCAAAGAUUACUCGCAAUAAUAAGAGAGACGUUCUCGUUUUUGCUUUCUAACUUCUUCGUUUGCAUCGACAACGAGCAAAGCUUCAAGCUUUAUCAGCAACUCUCUGCUUUGCUCUGUUCUUCCCGUAGGGUUUUGCCCCUUCUUAUGGCUGCAUGUGGUUUUGGGGCUUCUGGCUUUAAGUUAACAAACUUGAAUUUGGGAUCCUCUAAGCCCAAAUUGACUGCAUUGCACAAUUUGAGAACUAAGAAAUUGAGUCAAAGUGAUGGGUUGCUCUUAACCACGAAAUCAAGGAAGACAUUGUUUGGUUGCUGGUGUUCGACUGCUGAAGUUGAAUCUGCAGCAGCUGCAGUCAGUCAUAGUUCAGAUGAUAGUUCGAGAAAGAUCAUUUCUUCAGAAACUGCAAGUCCAUUGAUCCCAAGUUCAUAUGAGGUGGAAUCUCUCCUUACAGAAAUAUGUGAUACAACCUCCAUUGCAGAAGUUGACCUAAAGCUUGGUGGGUUUCAUUUAUAUGUGAAGAGGGACUUGACGGGGCCAAGUACAACUUCAUUGCCUGCGAUAUCAAAUCCUGUCAAUAUUCAUUCAUCUGUUGAAGUGGCUGAUUCAAAUGGCUCAGCCUCGUCACCAUCAUUAGCCAUCACCAAGUCUUCACCUCCCUCAGAUGGAAUCCGGACUAUCAUUGAUAAAGCUGCAGAUGAAGGCUUGGUGAUAAUUCAAUCUCCUAGGGUUGGCUAUUUCAGAAGAUCUCGAACCAUAAAGGGAAAGCGUGCACCUCCAUCUUGUAAAGAAAAGCAGCAAGUGAAGGAGGGACAAGUAGUUUGCUUCAUUGAGCAGCUUGGUGGCGAGCUCCCUGUUGAGUCUGAUGUAUCUGGAGAGGUUAUCAAGAUACUCCAAAAAGACGGAGAUCCUGUUGGAUAUGGUGACCCUCUAAUCUCAAUCCUUCCUUCUUUCCCUGGUAUAAAGAAGCUUCAAUAGAUGGUUCUUGUAGCAUAUGCCUUCUGGCCCGAGUUCUUUUUCUUCGAGAAAAUUCAAGUUGAAAAUUGUUGAUUGUCAUGUCGAAUCUGCGGAUUUUUAUUAACCUUGUUUAUUUGUUUUAAAUAUUUAUCUGGAAUUUGCACCAACAAUUGUGAAGAAAUGAGAUGUUUAUGUUUUUGCAUUUCU